CCGAGACAAUGACGAGCACUAAUCGCGUCCAGUGAAGUGCGCCCAAGGUUAAUUAUUCCCUCCCCUUCUCCUCCUCGCCCUCGCGCUGCGCCAACCAGUGGUACCCCCCCAAAUUUAGCCCCCCCGCGCUCUCGCCGGCGAUCGGCAUCGCAAUGCCGCCCCCGCCGCCGCCGGCCGUGGCCGGCGUGAGGAGGCCCAUCCUCAGCUUCGCCGCGGCGCGGGACCGCUGCUUCAGCCGCCGGUUCCUCAGGGCCGGGCUGCGCCCGCUCGCCAUCCCCGUCCCCGCCGGAGGCGGCGACUCCGCGGACACCACCGUGCACGUCUGGGUCCCCGCCAACCCGCCGCGGAACCCGCUGCUGCUCCUCCACGGCUUCGGCGCCUCCGCCACGUGGCAGUGGGCGCCCUACCUCCGCCCGCUCAUCGCCGCGGGCUUCGACCCCAUCGUCCCCGACCUCCUCUUCUUCGGCGCCUCCUGCACCCGCCUCCCCGACCGCUCCGACGCCUUCCAGGCGCGGUCUAUCAAGGCGGCGAUGGACGCGAUCGGGGUCACCAGGUUCGGGCUGGUGGGGGUGAGCUACGGCGGCUUCGUCGGGUACCGGAUGGCGGCGAUGUACCCGGAGGCGGUGGAGAGGGUGGUGCUGGUGUGCGCGGGGGUUUGCCUGGAGGAGAAGGACCUGGCGGAGGGGCUGUUCCCGGUGGCCGGGGUCGGGGAGGCGGCGGCGUUGCUCGUGCCGCGACGGCCGGAGGAGGUGCGGCGGCUAGUCAGGCUCACCUUCGUGCGGCCGCCGUGCAUUAUGCCCUCCUGCUUCCUCUGGGAUUACAUUAAGGUAAUAGGCUCAGAUUAUAUGCAGGAGAAAACUGAGUUAUUAUAUGCUUUGAUUAAUGAAAGGCAGCUUUCAACUCUUCCAAAAAUUAGCCAGCCGACGCUGAUAGUUUGGGGGGAGCGGGAUAGGGUGUUCCCCAUGGAAUUGGCUCAUAGACUGAAGAGACAUCUAGCGGAAAAUUCUCGAUUAGUAGUGAUAAGAAAUGCUGGGCAUGCGGUCAACCUUGAGAAGCCCAAGGAUGUGUGUAGAAACAUCAUUGAGUUUUUCCAAGAACCAGUCAGAGAAGCUUUGAACGAUGAGAAGGUGUAAAAGCUUCCGUCGACGGCAGAUAGAUCUCUCUCUUCACUGCACUAUGCAUCGUGGAUUCGUGGUGCGCAAACCGGUAAGGGCUUGCACCAUCCAUGCACGAAUAUCUGAUGUAUCUUCUGCCUUCUGGCACGGUGUAACCACAGAGCGUGUGAAGGAAACCAGUUUUUUGGAAAGGAAAAGACUGCCAGUCAGUCAUGCCGGUGCUAGAAGAGAACUUGGGCAUUUUGGCCCGGUGCCAUCUCUAUCCAUGUAAACGUUUCGCACGCCCCCCGCGGGAUUUUUUGUUGCCAUGCGACGAUGCAACAGAGUAUCACCGUUAUGUUGAGACUUGAGAGGGUACAUUUUAGAACGCACACCCUACACACACCAUUCUACAUGCACACACGGCUUUUAACUAGUGACUUGGGACCCAAAGCUUUCGGUGUAUAUAUGAGUAGCAAUUUUACGGUUUUUGAGGUUAUUGAGAGGUAUUAAAAUUUUAGUAUAAAAUUUAAUACCUCUAGGUACUUUUUUAAAUGACUGCAAAAUUGCUCAUAUAUGAAACAUGCGCGUAUGCAAUUUGUAUAACCAUGACUAAACGGAGAUGAUCCUCGGAAUGGAGGGAAUA